AAGCACAAACUUGAGAGAGAGAGACAGAGACAGAGAGAGACAGAGAGAGAAAUGGCUUCAGGGAGUUUUGUUAAGAUUCCAGACAUAAAGUUCACGAAGCUCUUCAUCAAUGGAAAUUUCGUCGAUUCCAUUUCAGGAAAAACAUUUGGGACAAUAGACCCAAGAACAGGAGAACAGAUAGCAAGGAUAGCAGAGGGAGACAAGGAAGAUGUUAAUUUAGCAGUCAAGGCUGCGCGAGUUGCAUUCGAUCAUGGCCCAUGGCCUCGCUUAUCUGGUUCUGCAAUACGAAGAAUAAUGAUGAAAUAUGCAGACUUAAUCAACGAAAAUACAGAAGAACUAGUUGCAUUGGACACCAUUGAUGCCGGUAAAUUGUUCGGUAGGGGAAAGGCCGUGGAUAUUCCUGCGGCAGCAGAAACUCUCCGUUACUAUGCCGGUGCUGCAGAUAAAAUUCACGGAGAGACGUUAAAAAUGUCGCAGGAGCUUCAAGCGUUCACAUUGCGCGAACCAGUAGGCGUAGUCGGGCAUAUCAUCCCUUGGAACUUCCCAAGUAUCAUGUUUUCUACUAAGGUUGCACCAGCAUUGGCAGCUGGCUGCACCAUGAUUGUCAAGCCUGCUGAGCAGAAACAGACACCGCUUUCAGCUCUUCACAAUGCCCAUUUGGCUAAGCUGGCUGGAAUCCCAGAUGGAGUGAUAAAUGUUAUAACAGCAUUCGGACAUACUACUGGAGCUGCCAUUUCCUCUCAUAUGGACAUUGAUAAAAUAAGUUUUACAGGGUCCACAGAAGUGGGAAGGAUUGUAAUGGAAGCAGCAGCAAAAAGCAACUUGAAAGGAGUGUCGCUGGAGCUGGGAGGGAAGACCCCUGUCAUAAUUUUAAAAAAUGCUGACCUUGACAAAGCCUCUGAUCUUGCUCUCCUCGGAAUUGUGUAUAACAAGGGAGAAAUUUGUGUGGCUGGAUCACGUGUUUUUGUUCAAGAACGAAUUUAUGAAGAAUUGGUGAAGAAGUUGGAAGACAAGGCAAAGACAUGGGUGGCUGGAGAUCCUUUUGAUCCUAUUGUUCGUUAUGGACCACAGGUUGACAAGACCCAAUUUGAGAGAAUACUUUCAUACAUUGAGCAUGAAAAGAGAGAAGGAGCCACAUUGUUAACUGGUGGCAAGCCUUGUGGCCAGAAGGGAUACUAUAUUGAGCCAACAAUUUUCACUGAUGUAUGGAAAGAUAGAUGCCUGCAGAGGGAUAGUGAGAUGAAGGGAAUUGCGAACAAAUUGGCAAACCUACAACCGAUUGUCAGUUUCAUAAUGCAGAACGUCAUGCAGCCACCGUUUUCGUUACAAGACAUGCCGAUUCCGGCAGCCAAGACCGAUGCCCAGAAAAGGGGGCAGAAAACAGUUCCUAUAAUCCCUCAGCGUGACAGGACAAAGGAACAUUCUCACUGGCCUUCAUAG